GCUGCCGUCAUUCCAGAGCAGGCUGCCGUCAUUCCAGAGCAGGCUGCCGUCAUUCCAGAGCAGGCUGUCGUCAUUCCAGAGCAGGCUGUCAUCGUUCCAGAGCAGGCUGCUGGCGUUCCAGAGCAGGCUGCUGGCGUUCCAGAGCCAGUCCCACUCAUUCCAGAGCAAGUUCUCAAAAAGGAGGAAAUUACGGAAGCGGACAGAGAACAAGUCGUUCAGCCUACUCCUGAAUCCCCCGUAUUGCCAGAGCCAGAAACAGUUGUACAAACUCCAGAGAUGGCACCGACGGCUGCAGCAGAGGAGCUGUUUGUUGAUAGUGAACGGACUGAAAGGAAAAGUAGCAGGUUCGAAAGUCCAACAAGCAGAGUUGAAGGUAUUACACAAACAUCAGUUUUCUCAGAAGAGGACAAAGACCCAGAAUCAGUUUGCCUACCUUUGGAGGGAUCGGUAUGCUCAAUUUCUCCAAUUCCCAGCAUCCUAGUCGAUUAUGACUCAGACAACGAGGAAGAGAAGGAAGAAGAUGAAUCUGAGGAACUAGAUGAAGAAUUCGAAGAUAUAGAUGAAGAGCAGGCAGAAUUGGUUGUGCUGGAUCCGGAUCACCCUCUAAUGAAGCGCUUCCAGACAGCUCUGAAGACGCACCUUUUAAAGCAAGCGGACAAAUUAACCUUGGAGGUCAGAGAGUUGGACUGGGAUAUGAAAAAGCAAACCACUGAGCGUGAGGACACUGGAGUGAUCCUCUAUGGGGUGCAGCAAAAUCUUGCCCAAAGGCAAAUGGAACUUGAAAAAAAUCACAACCGUUUUUCACAAAUUUCCACAAAACGUCGUCAGACAGAGGAAUAUUUGGGAAAUGUGAGAAAACUGUAUCAGCAGCGACAGGCCAAAAUGAAUUCUGAGCGUCUGAAAGUGUCACAGCUACAAACAGACGUUGAAAAUCUUGCCAUGCGAUUGUACUAUAUGGAAAGCUUAAAGCAGGAUGUACAAUCUGACAUUAUGGUGAUGAAGCGUGCAGCAGAAAAGUUAGAUUCUGAAAAAGCACAGGCAGCGAAACUCAAACAGAAACAGGAUAUGUUUGUAGACCGUUUGGUGUCGCAAAUGGACAGACUUCGGGAGCAGAUUGCAUUGUACGAAGCCCAGUGCACGGCACAGAGAGAAGAAACGAAAGCAGCACGAGGCACUGUGGGAGAGGCCGUCAUGGAGAUAGAAGCAAUCGAUCUGGAAAAGAAACAACUACUGCAUCAUUGGAGGAGCAGCCUGAUGGGGAUGCAACAGCGAGAUGAGACCUAUUCUGCAAUGCAGGAUGCUGCCAGUGAGUCAAAACAUCAAUCAGAAACACUAAGGACUGAAAUUGAGGCAUAUAAGAAUUUCAUCACCAAGGAGGAGGAGAAGAACGAACUUUUAACAGUUGUUCUGAACAGACUAGUUAAUGAUAUAAACAUGACCAAGAAACUGAUGGCCCAGAAUAUGGCCAAGCAGGAGGGGAUAAAGAAUGAAUAUACUACUUACACUCGAACACUACAGGAGACCGAACGCUUGAUUAAUAAAGCUACAAUGGAACGGUCCUUGGAACAAGGUGAACUCAAUAUGUUGCGCGUACAGAUAGAGAGGCAACACCGAUCAAAUAAUGAACUGGAGGACAACAUUAUGGAAAAAUUACAAAAUCAGAUGAUCUUGAGCCAGGCAACAAAUCACUUCAAACGCCUGUUUGAUGCCGUCCGAAUUCAGAAACGACAGCUGGUAGUUGAUUAUGCAAAAAUGGAAAAUGAUUAUGCUCAAACAACUCUGGAAAUUAACUACGUCAAAUCGCGACUGAGUAUGCUGCAGGUGACUCUGGACAAACAAGAUAAGGAGUUGGCUGAGAGAAACCAUGUGAUUCAAUGCAGUGAGAAAGAGAUUACCAAACGAAUCCUGAUUGUUCAAAACAAGCAGUCGGUCCUCAACAUCUUCAAUAAGAAGAUUGCCCAGUUAUUGGCAGAAAGAGGAGGAGAAGAAAUUAGCCCCUUGGAGCUUGAGAUCAGAACCUUGUCAAAGCAGAUUGAUGAACACAAUGAAGAAAUUAUAUUGCUGCAGCAGUAUUGGCUCCGGCAGCAGAACGAGCUGAUCAAACUGGCUCGGGAGAGGGAGGAGCAGACGGUUGCUGUUGAAUUGCUGAAGAAACAGUCCACUAUCCUGCAGCAGAAAAAAAUCCGCACAGAAAAUGAGAUACAGCAGGAAGAGAAUGAAAAGAAAGACAUUGAACACCACAUGCGAAACUUGUCCAACGACAUGCAGAAGCUCAACAUGCUGUUGACCAAGAACAGUUCUAUGAAGGAGUCACUUCAGCACACGAAUAUUCUCAUGGAGAAUGAUUUUUUAAACAAGUUGAAGGAUGCUGAGCGGGAGUCCAUUGUGACGCAGCAGAAGUUGGAUCACUUGAAGGAGGAUAAGGAACGCCUUCUUAACAGCCUUGUGGAAGCAGAGCGUCAAAUUAUGCUGUGGGAGAGGAAGAUACAGCUAGGUAAAGAGGCACGGUCGGCUGUUGACUCAAAUAUUGGGCAGAGUGAAGUCCGAUCGAUGAGAGCAGAGAUACACAGGAUGCAGGUGCGUCAUACUCAACUGAUGAAACAGCAGGAACGAAUGAUUCGUGAGAUGGAAGCUAUUGUCACUCGCAGAGACACCAUUCUAACCCGGGGAGAAGCACAGGCCAAAAUGGAUAAGACAAAAAUAACGAGGAAUGAUUAUCACAACAAAAUUCAGGAAGCGUGCAAGAAGAUUGCGGCUGCACAAAAGAACAUAGAAGAAAGUGACAAAACUAUUGAGGAGCUGAGGGAAAGACAAAGAUUGAUCUGUGGAGAAAUGAGGGAAAAGCAAUGCCAGAUUCAAGAAAAUCAGACAGUGACUCAUAUCAUUAAUGCAGAUAUAGACAAUCUAGAAGAAAAGAAACGUACGAAUUUCUGCCAGAUUGUGACAUUGCAGACCCGAGCCAAACACCUUCAGGCAGUGAAAGAAGGGAAGUACAAACCACAGUGGAAGACUGAGGAGUCGCUGAAGAAUGAAAUGCAGAAGCAAGAGAAUCAAAUGCACGCAUUCAGUAGCACCAUUGACUUCCUCCUCCAACAACGUCCUCAUUACCAACCAGCCCUUCGCAAAGUCACGCUGGCAAUAGCCUCGUGGAAAGCAGCAGCAAAAGAAAAACUAUAAACAUGUAGAAGAAUGGUCAGUGAGAACUAGUGUCAUCAGAAAAAAAAGUACCCACAAGGGAGAGAGAGCAGUUGAAUCUCAGUUAAUCUGAUUGGACAUCACAUCCCAUAAUAUUCUAAGACGACAGAGACUUGACUACGAAACGUCUCCAGAGAAAUUAUUUUAAAAGGCUUUUCUUUUGAUCUUACUAAUGUAUGCUGAUUGGUUUGAAAUGAUCUACACUAAUAAAAAUAGAUUUGUUGAUUUAA